GGGGGGGGAGCAAUCUUCAGUGGAAAACUGUCUAAAGCUCUCAAGUCAAAAACUUUCCUCAAGGGGGUUAAACAUCAGUGAGAACGAACUGAACACAAAAAUCCUCUGGCAAUAUUCUGUUGUUGCUCUGGUUUUGCUGAUUUCCCAGGAUGAGCAGGGUUGGAUGCGAUCAGUGCUCGGUCAGAGGAGGUUCCAGGUAAAAGCCAGGAUCGCAGAGGGGUCUGGCUGCCAGGGCCACCCUCACCAGGAAAGGAAGGGGCUGCACCCAGCCGUCAGAUCUGCUCAGAGGGAAAGGCCGCGCUCGCUGACGGCUCUUUAUUAACAAUUGUUGGAGCCGCGGCUCCCGGCCCUCAGCCCCGCGCGGGUGACAAGGCGGCGCCGAGCCCGCGCCCGAGCCCCGCUGAGGCGGCCGCCGCCCGCCCGCCGCUGCCGGCGGAGCCCGGGGCGGGGACGAAGGAGGAGCCGGCCGAGGGGCCCGGCCGAGCCGCCAGCCCGCCCUGCCCGGCCCCGCUCCGGUCCGAACGCGGCCCCGCCCGGCCCCCGGCGAGGAGAGGGAGGCGAGGUGCGCGCCAGGCCCCGGCGUGUCGCAGCCAAGGCGUCCGGGCGGGCCCCGCUGGCGCGGCGGCGCGUUCCGCCCGGAGCGUGUGCGCGGGCCCCGAGCGGAGCCGCCGCUGCCAUGGAGCGGGGGGGCGGCGGCGGCGCGCGGGGCUGAUCGCGCCCCUUCCCCAUGAGACUGUGGCUGUGCUGGCUGGGCUGCUACACCCUGCUCCUGUGGGUGCUGAGGAGGACGAUGUGGGCUGGCCCGGCCCGGUACCUGCGGAGCCCUUUAUCCAGGUCCCUCUACGUGAAUAUGAUGGGCAGCCACCGCCAGCCAGCCCCGGGCGCCAGGGAGAACCACCAGUGGUAUGUCUGCAACACUGAACAGUUGUCUGAAUCCCUUCAGCCCAUUUUUGUCCAGAGUUACCUGGACCAAGGAACACAGAUCUUCUUAAACAACAGCAUUGAGAAGUCAGGCUGGCUGUUUAUCCAGCUCUAUCACUCUUUUGUGUCCUCUAUUUUUAGCCUUUUUAUGUCUAGAACAUCUAUCAAUGGGCUGCUGGGAAGGGGCUCAAUGUUUGUGUUUUCCCCAGAACAAUUUCAAAGACUGCUUAAAAUAAAUCCUGAAUGGAAAUCCCACAGACUUCUCGAUUUAGGGGCUGGAGAUGGAGAAGUCACUAAAGUUAUGAGUCCUCACUUUGAAGAAAUCUAUGCCACUGAAUUGUCUGAAACUAUGAUAUGGCAGCUUCAGAAGAAGAAAUACAGGGUGCUUGGUGUAAAUGAAUGGCAGAACACAGGAUUUCAGUAUGAUGUUAUCAGCUGUUUGAAUUUGCUGGAUCGCUGUGAUCAACCCCUGACUGUAUUAAAGGAUAUCAGAAGUGUCCUGGAGCCAACCAGAGGCAGAGUCAUCCUAGCACUGGUCCUGCCAUUUCACCCCUAUGUGGAAAAUGUAGGUGGCAAGUGGGAAAAGCCCUCAGAAGUUUUGGAAAUCAAAGGGCAGACUUGGGAAGAACAGGUGAACAGCCUGCCAGAAGUUUUCAGUAAAGCUGGUUUUGCCAUAGAGGCUUUCACCAGACUGCCCUACCUCUGUGAAGGUGACAUGUACAAUGACUACUACGUGCUGGAUGAUGCUGUCUUCGUCCUCAAGCCUGUGUGAAGUAAAGCUCCACAAUCUAACCCAAGAAGCAGCCUCUGAAAGAGGGUUUUGAUUUAUGGUUACCUAAAGGGAGGGAAUUUCGGGAUUGCCAUGCUAAAUAAAUAUCAUGUAAGAAAUUUAAAGGCCAAAAUACUAAUGUAUUUCUUUGUAGUGUGAUUGGGGGGAGGGAAAAAAGGUUGUUUUUUAAAUGGACUCCUCAGCUGAGAAUUUCUUUUUUACCUGCUCUUAAACCAACAUUGCAUUCUGCAAUCCAGCAGCAAUGGGGGAUAUUUUUUUAUACUUACCUGCAACAGGGAUCAUAUCCAAAUGAAAGCAAUAGUCUUUAUAACGGUGAAACUGAUACAGUGUGAACUGUUGUGAAAGAAAUCAUGCAAAAUCUGGCAAUAAAGUUAUCCAUUCAGUUCAAGCUUUGUUGAAUAAAACUGUUGAAAUGGAUAAUCUUCCAUGCUAAGUUACUUUCUCUCUUACUGUCAUUCUUCACGUUUUUAAUCAUGCUAAUAAACUUUUUUGAGAUGA